GUUAACGCCCAGGAAACAGACACACGCACAAAAAAACGACGCCAUUUGGGUGUGUUGCUGAGAAGGGAAGUCCGCCUCGACAGUUUAUCAGAAAACCAGCAGGACUUUCGACGCUGCUCCAUAGCCAUGGGUUUCCUGCUCGGUCUGUGUGUUCUGGCUGUGGCCGUGGAGUUCGUUAAACCCGAAGAGACACUUCAGAACAAAGAUUUCGCUUUCGGUGGAACCUUAAAGUUGAGGCCUGUCAACCCGCCGACUCCGAUCACCAGCAUAACGUGGAAGCAUGAAGGUAACCUGCUAGUGGAGCAGUACAGCAGCACGGCUAAGCCUGAAUAUUACGGUCAGUUUAAGGACCGAACCAGCUUGGUUUUUUCCACUGGAGAAAUAACGAUAUCCAAGCUAAAACUGGAAGAUGGCGGAAAAUACACCAUUGAAAUCAAUAAUGUAAUCCAAGAUGUCGGAUUUCGAGUACAAAUCAUCAAAAAAGUUCCUGUCCCGACGGUUCAUCUGAAACCAUUGUCGUGCUCCGAAACUUCGGCCAGCUGUUCACUGCACUGUGAAGGAGAUGUUGACGGCGCCGGAAUCGUCAGCUACUUCUGGAAAGGAGGAGACCGAGACUGGAAAAAGGCAACUAAGAAACUGGAGAUAAAUAAUGACGCGGAAACACAGACGGUUAAAGAGUUUUCCUGCAAGAUCAAGAACUCUGUGAGUGAGAAGGAAAGCGCGGCCGAGCUGAACCCUUUCUACAAGGAGGAGGAGGCGGGUCUCUCUGUGGGUGCGGUGGUCGGGAUAGUCUUUGUAUUCAUCCUCAUAAUCGUCGCUGUUUUUGGAGUGGCUGUAUUGUUUUAUAAGAAAAUGUUCUGCUUCAAAAACUGUCAAAAGGAAACUGACACCACAAAGCCUAACGGAAUUACUGGCGAAGAAGGGGUGAAAUUGACUGAACCGACAGCUACGGGUGCUGGCUCAGGUCCAGCUAUUGAAACCACCAAUGAAUCUGCAUGACCUCCUAUAAUUUCUAUCCCCAAACCAUCUUUAAAACAAACGGCAUAAAACAUUCCCACAGUGUUGACAAAUUGUCUGCACGUUUCAAGGUGGAUCUGGAAUGUAAAGGAUGCUGGUUGAACGCUGUCCCUCUCUUUAGGAGGUUCCCGCAAGGCUCUCACCUGUUGUGCAUUGUAUCAGCGUCAUGACUCGCCACAAAGUCCCAAAGAGGAACCAGAAAUGUGUUUUUAUGUGUGGAUUCAUUUCUGUGCCCUGCAAAAGACUGAUGACCUUUUUUUGGUCAACCCAGUCUUCACCAAACAGAUGGGAUAGGCUCCAGCAACCCUGUGACAGUGAAAAGGAUAAAGCGGGUUUCCAUAGAUGGAUGGAUUUGUGGGUUCAUUUCUGCUUCACUGUGGCACUGGAAUGGACAAAGUGACUCAAUGCAUCAUUCCUGUGGACACUGCAGCUGGUGGAUGGAUCCCCCUCAGGCUGCCUUCUGUGGAUGUGUGUUGCCAUCUCCCAGGGAAACAUCUGAGACUAAGAUUUGGACUUUUAGGGGGGAAUGUACAAGCAUGUAAUUACAAUCAGUUAUUAACUCUGCUUGGCUUCAUUAACUACUAAACCUGUAUAGGUUAGAGGAUUUCACUUUCAUCCUAUUGUGCCUUUACUCGUGACAUCAUCUUAUAUGCACUGUCAAAUUUUACUGCAUAUUGUGUUGCAUCUGUGCCGAAAGGUCCAAACACUCAGUCUGUAAGCGUGUUUUAAAUUUUUUUUGGAAUCUUUUAAUAUUUAAGGUAUGUAAACUGCUUUUUAAAUAAAUGUGAUUUUUUUUUCUCGAA